AUGGCCAAGCGAACUCGAGUGUUUCUGUUGGGGGACCAGUCGGAGGAGACAACUUCGGAGCUUCACAACUUGCUUCAAUGCAAAGACGAUCCCAUCCUGACCGCCUUCUUUGAAGAAGCAUACGACAGCAUUCGGACCGAGGCGGGAAGUCUGCCUCUGCACGUACGGAAGAAGCUGCCCAAGUUCACGAACCUUGCCGAUCUCGCAGCCCGCCACAGGGAGGAGUCUCUCGGCCCGGCGUUCCAACACGCCCUCGCUUGCACUUGCCAGCUAGGGUACUUCAUACGACAAUGCGGUCUGCCAAACCAUGAGUUCCCGCGUCCAGAGAACUCCUAUCUUUUGGGUCUAUCAACCGGCGCGAUUCCCGCGGCCACCAUCAGCUCCUGCUCGUCCAUUUCCAACUUUCUUCCGCUGGCAGCGCAAAGCGUGGCCAUAGCCUUCCGGCUUGGUGUCGUUUUGGCCGACGUGAAGCAGCGCAUCGACCCCCAUACCACGGCGUCAUGGACUCUCCAAUUGCCACACCAUUUGCGACCAUGGAUCAGCGCCCACCUAUCCAGUGGCACAUCGGUGAGCGGACCGCCGUCAGUCCUGGCCGAUCUCCGGAACUACGGCGAAUUCGCCAAAGCGCACCCAGUCCAAAUACCCGUCUACACCCCGUGUCACGCCGCGCACCUGUUCACUGCGACGGAUAUUGACGAGGUUCUCAAGACCACGGGUGCGACACGAUGGAACGAUUAUCAGAGUCGAAUCCCCAUAGUCUCAGCCGUCACUGGUUGUCUGAUGAUGUCGACCGAAAGCACCUUCCGCUCGGUCGUGGCGAAGUCUCUCCAAGAUAUGCUAAUGUCUCCUCCGAGAUGGGACUUGAUCAACGAAGGCCUCCCUCGGCUCCUUCUGGAAGCCGCUCAUACCAAUAUCGAUCUAGUUCCCAUAAUGACAACCGUCGAGGGCGCUGUUCGACAGACUUUGGAGUCAUAUUCACGGCGACACGAGGUCGCCUCAGGGAGUGCAGUUAGCCCAAGUGGGUUCUCGUCGGUGCAAAUCGAGUCUCUUGGCAACGAGCAGUUUGGGGCUUCCUCUCAGGAAAGGCGAAACAGGUCUAAACUGGCCAUCGUUGGGCACUCCGGAAGAUAUCCGGACGCAAAAGACCCAGCAGCAUUCUGGGAAAUCUUGCGUAACGGCGUCGACACCGUAAGAAAGGUUCCCAAGCAGCGCUGGGACACUAAUACACAUGUCAGUUUCGAGGGAAAGAGAAACACCGGUGAGGUUCCUUGGGGUUGCUUCGUCCCCGAUGUGGAAGGAUUUGACGCUCGUUUCUUCACCAUCUCACCCAAAGAGGCGCCGCAUAUGGACCCCGCUCAGCGUCUGUCUCUGAUGACUUCCUACGAGGCCAUGGAAAACGCCGGCAUCGUCCCGGGAGCAACGCCUUCGACAAGGGUCGACCGUAUUGGGUGCUACCUCGGCACGACCGCCAGCGACUACAUGGAGUCUAAUUUGUCUCAAGAUGUUAAUACCUUUUACAUCACCGGAGGCAACCGGGCGUUCAUCCCUGGCCGCAUCAACUUCAGCUUCGAGUUCUGUGGUCCAAGCUACGGCGUUGAUACGGCGUGUUCUUCGAGUCUAGCGGCCUUGCAUCUGGCGUGCAACGGUAUCUGGCAAGGCGACUGCGAUACGGCCUUUGCUUGCGGCACAAACAUGAUCUCGAACCCGGACGGCCACACCGCGCUCGAUCGGGGAUUCUUCCUAUCCAAGACGGGGAACUGCAAGACCUUUGAUGCAGGAGCAGACGGAUACUGCAGAGGAGAGGGCAUUGUGACCAUUGUUGUCAAGCGCCUCGAGGAUGCCAUCGCCGACAACAACCCGAUUCUGGCAGUAAUAGCUGGCAUCCAAACCAACCAUUCCGCCCAGUCAGGUUCCAUCACUAGGCCGCAUGCACCGGCUCAAGCUAUGCUGUUUGAGCGAAUCCUCAAUAGCACCGGUACAUCGCCUGAUGAGCUCAGUUACAUCGAGAUGCACGGCACGGGGACGCAGAUUGGCGAUGCCGUGGAGAUGGAAAGCGUCCUCAAGGUCUUCGCGCCCGAGCCCACGUCUUCAAAGGCCAGGGGGCCCGACGCACCGCUCUACCUCGGCGCCGCCAAGUCGUGCAUUGGACAUGGCGAAGCUGCUUCAGGACUGUCGAGUGUCGCCAAGGUGCUCCUCAUGUACCAGAACAACCUGAUUCCGCCGCACUGCGGCAUCAAGACCAAGAUCAACCCCAACUUCCCCCUGGACCUGGAAGAGCGCAACGUGCACAUUGCCACGAGGGCGACGCCAUGGGAAAGAAGCGACUCGAGACCUCGGAAAGUCUUGGUCAACAACUUCAGUGCAGCCGGCGGGAUCACGGCCCUGCUCUUGGAGGACGCGCCCCUACGGCCCGUCACUCCGGGUAGCAACUCGCCCAUGCCUUCCACCCACAUGGUCACCGUCACGGCUAAAGGCGCCGAGGCCUUGAAGGGAAAUCUGCGCUCUAUGCUACGAUUUCUGGACGACGCCGAAGCGUCGCUGGUUGACGAGGCCUUCAUAUCUCACUUGGCGUACACGACUACUGCUCGGCGGCAUCACUUCCCCCACCGCGUCAUGGCUCGUGGAUCAAACAUCCGUGAGAUAAGAGCUGGCUUAGAGACCGCCAUCGCUGCAGGUCAGGGUAUGACCCGCUGCAAGGCAAAGUCCAAAGUCCUAUUCGUCUUCACCGGCCAAGGCUCCCAUUAUCUGGGCAUGGGGGCCCAACUGUACCACAGCUUCUCUCACUUUCGCCGGGAUGUCGACAGGUACGACCAGAUUGCUCAAGGACAGGGGUUUCCAUCGUUUCGUCACAUUUUAACUGCCCAGAGCCGCAAAUCUUACGGCGAACAUGAUGAUGCCCUGUCUCCGCAGGUCAUUCAGCUGGCCAUGUCCUGUCUGCAAAUGGCACUCGCUCGACUUUGGAAGUCCUGGGGCAUAGAACCCGGUGCCGUGUUGGGCCACAGCCUAGGCGAGUACGCAGCUCUGAACGUUGCAGGCGUUCUUUCCGACGCCGACACCAUCUACUUGGUCGGCAUGCGGGCUGGGCUUCUGCAGCAGUGCAAGGCUGGAACCCACGCGAUGCUGGCCGUCAAAACCUCCGUCGCACGAGCCAGGGAGAUCUUGUCAGACAACACGCAAGGCGAUCUGCCGGUGUCUCGCAUUCAAGUUAGCUGCAUCAACGGUCCCGAGGAUACUGUCUUGGGCGGGUCGUCCGACCAGGUUAUUGCCUGGCAGCGAAUCCUGAACAGUCAUGGAAUCAGGUCGAGAGUUCUAAACACCCCAUAUGCAUUCCAUACUUCUCAAGUGUCCUCGAUCCUAGGGGAUCUCGAAGCGCUGGCGAAUCAGGUUACCUACCACAGAUCGACAAUGGCCAUUGUAUCCCCUCUUCUGGGGAGUGUGGUCCCAAAGGGAGAUUCCGACUGCAAGCUCAACGCCAAGUACUUGACACGGCACUGUCGCGAAACGGUUGACACCUAUGCCGGCCUUCUCGCCGCAGAAAAGGCAAGGCUCGUCGAUCCACAGAGCUGUAUCCUGGAGAUUGGUCCCGAUCCAGUUGUUCUCGACAUGGUAAAAGCAACUCUCGGAACAUCUCUGAAGACCUUACCGUUGCUACAAAAGGGGAAGGACACUUGGGACCUGCUGACGAAUGCAAUCUCCGUCUUGUACACAGCCGGACACAAUCUGCUUUGGCAAACCUACUUUGACGACUUCAAGUCGUCUCACAAACUGCUCCAACUACCAGCCUAUAGCUGGGAUCUCAAAGCACACUGGCUGCAGUACGAGAACGAUUGGUCCGUGACCAAGCCAGGAGUGCGGACUGUCCAGCACUCGGGGGCCGCAAACAGCGCGUCACCACCUCCGGAGGCAGUGAUGCCGACGGUAGAAUGCACAACUAUCCACGGAAUUGUCGAGGAACGUGUUGAGUCGGCAGAUAAGGUAUUCAUUACCUUGAAAACCGACAUCUCACGAGAGGACAUUAGUGGCAUCGCUCGAGGCCAUGUGGUGGCUGGAAUUCCACUGGCGACCCCGUCUGUAUAUGCAGAGAUUGGCCUUUCCCUUGGGACAUAUCUCAUUGAGCGAUAUAAACCGACCCUCAAAGGCAGCAUCAUAGACGUGGCCGAUCUGGUUGUGGAAAGGGCCCUCAUUCCCCACGGCAACGGUCCUCAAAUACUACACACUUUAGUCGAGGUCGACUGGACUACCAGGAGCGCGCGUCUGGUGUUCCGCAGCAAGGAUGGAAAACCCACCAUUGAACACGGGAAAUGUUCCAUCCGCUUCACUGACCGGAAGAAAAUGGAAACACUCAGACCCCUAGUUGACAACUACACUUCCCGCAUUGACAGUCUGCACAAAAUGGCGGAGAAGGGCGCUGCAUUGCGUCUCAGCGGGUCGUACGCCUACAGACUCGUCCGCUCGCUUGCAUCCUUUGAUUCGAACUACCGAGCCAUCGACGAAAUCAUCCUCGACAGCACGGCCCUAGAGUCGUGCAGCAAGGUCAGCUUUGGCCAAGUCAAGAGCCACGGGAAGUUCAACACUCACCCGGCGUACAUCGAUGUCAUGGCACAAAUCGCUGGAUUCGUCAUGAAUGGGAAAGAGACGACUGAUCUUGAGAGCGAGGUCUACGUCAACCACGGCUGGAGAUCUCUACAACUCUACGAAGAGUUGUCGCAAUCCAAGUCUUACUGGAGCUAUGUCAAGAUGUCCCAGGACACGUCGAGCAACGAAGGCUUCUGGAGGGGCAAUUGUAUCAUGCUCGAUGACAAGCACAACAUCGUCGCCUUCUUCGAACACAUCACACUCAGGCGAGUUGAGACACGAAUCUUCCACAGGGUUCUGGAAGCCUCAUACCCGUCGCGAGUGAAGUCUGCGAAGCCAGGCACGGUUGGUCCAGAGACGAGAGCAGCACGAAAUCCUCCCGUCAAGCCGACUGUACAAGUCUCGCCGGCAAAAGCCGUACCUACGUCAGAGAAGACAAACGUCAAUGCCGUCAAGCCAGGACAUGCCACUAUCGUCACCAUCCCAGUGGGGGCCGAGUCACCUCCCGUCGAAGUCGUUCGAGCACCGCCGAACAAGCCAUCCAAGAUCGGGCCGGCGUUGAUCAUCAUUGCCGAAGAGACGGGCCUGGCCUUGGCAGACUUGACCGACGAGACGAAUUUCGCCGAAAUUGGUGUGGACUCUCUUAUAUCCAUGGUCAUCGCGAGCCGUUUUCGCGAAGAGCUCGAUUUAGAUUUGGAUCUGGAGUUCUCCUUGUUUCUUGACUUGCCUACAGUUCACGACCUGAGGAAGUUUCUACACUGCGAGGACAACGAGCAUGCUACGCAAGUGGAGGCCAUGAAACAAGUUUCUCAUGUCCCGGUCACGAAAACCGAGAGUCACGCGACUCGUGCGCACAUCAAUGAUGACAUCACUGCGACGCAGCAGGCGAUCAAAAACCACGACGUGAUCAAUAUUACCACCAUCGAGGUCGAUUCUGACUCUGGAGAUCAGCAUUACGAGGAAGAGGCCACUAAACUUGUACCCGCCUUGGCCAUCAUUGCCGAAGAGAGUGGCCUCGCAAUCGAGGAUCUCACAGACGACACCGAGUUCAGCGUCAUUGGUAUCGACUCGUUGCUCUCCAUGGUCAUUGCCAGUAGAUUUCGAGAGGAGCUAGAUUUGGACCUCGACUUGGAGUUCUCCCUCUUCUUAGAUCUGCCGACAGUUGGGGACUUGCGCAGGUUCCUUACUCCUUCGAGCGCGACGAGCUCAAGCCCAUCUCUGUCUUCCACGGAGGGAACACCAGGGGAGCAUUCCAUGUCCUCUGGUGCGGCAUCUACGACGAGAGAGUCCGAAUUCCGAAUUGAGAAGAUACCAGCUCCGCAGAGAACCGCAUAUUGCCGUUCUUCAAGCUCUGUCAUUUUACAGGGGCUGCCGGAACAGGCAGAGAGGACCCUCUUCCUCUUCCCAGACGGAGGAGGUUCUUCAUCGUCUUACGAGCCGCUCCCACGAUUCAACGAGAGCAAUACCGCCAUUAUAGGUCUGAACUGUCCCUACGCCCGUGAUCCAGAAAAUCUCAAGUGCGGCAUAGACGAUCUCACGGACAGCUACGUAGCGGAGCUACGCCGUCGCCAGCCACACGGGCCAUAUCAUCUAGGCGGGUGGAGUUCUGGUGGCAUAUUUGCUUUCCUCGCGACGCAACGGUUGACAGCAGCAGGAGAGGACGUUGCUAGUCUACUGAUCAUUGACUCGCCAGUACCAAAGAUCAUGCACAGACUGCCAACCAAGUUUUACGAGUACUGCGACAAACUCGGGCUCUUGGGAUAUGCCAUGGGGACGUCCAGGACAGUGAGGGAUGAGGGGAGACCUAGGGUCCCAGACUGGCUGUUUGCGCACUUCAAGGCGUCCGUUGAUAUGCUGCAGCGUGCCGUUGUCGUGCCCCUGUCACCGGCCACCAAGAUGCCGCAAGUUUCCAUCAUUUGGGCUGGCGAUGCCGUGGUGAAAGAGCAAGACUUGGACCGCUUACCGGAGGUCACUGGUCUGGCACCAGGGCAAUCGCCCGGUGGGCAUUUCUUACUUGUGCCACGCAAGGAUUUCGGGCCCAAUGGCUGGGACGAGAUGCUGCCGGGAGCAAGCAUCACCAUCGAGACGGUGCACGGGGCCAAUCAUUUCUCUAUGAUGCGAAAACCCCACGUGGACCAAGUUGGCCGUUUUCUUGAACGGGGCCUGCAGCGGUUUUAG